AUGCCAUUCAAUAUGCCAGUUUUGUAUGGCAAAAUGAAUGCCUAUUGGGAACCAUUCAAAGAUCCAAAAUGUUUGAGCUGUUUACACACAUUUUGUGAACAAUGUAUAGAAAAUCACGUAUCAGCACAAAGAUCAUACAAAUACACUGAUUAUCGCGAAUUUGCGUGCCCAAUAUGCCGAAAAAAAACAGCCAUUCCCACUGGUGGAGUACAUAAAUUACCCGAUAACUUUCUUAUUGCAGGACUCUCUGAAAUGUUAUCAACUCACCAAAGUAUUAAAGUCACUCAAGAUCAUUCAAUCUAUGAAUUAGAAAUUGAAAAAGAUAUUUUAUGUAAACAUCAUCUAACCGAAUUUGUUCGGUUCUAUUGUGAACGAUGUGAAUGUUGUAUAUGUAUAGCGUGUACUUAUUCAGAACAUCGUGAUCACGAAUUAUCCGAUUUUCAUUCGGCAGCUGCUAGCCAUAAAAAAUAUAUUCAAGAAUGUCUUGAUCAAUGUACAUCAAAAAUGAACGAUUUAUCAGAUUAUUUACAUAUAAUAAAACGUUGUGAUUCAAAUAUAUCGACAAUCGAAGCUUCAAUACAUACACUAGCGGCAACAUUUGAAAAAUCACUGAGAGUUAAAGAACAAGAAUUAGUAGCACAAAUAUCUUCAUUGUAUGGUGAUGACACACAUGAUUUUAUUAAACGUAGAGAAGAACUAGAUGAAUAUUUUGAACAAGUGAAAAAUACAUGUUCACUCACCGAACUCGUUGUCAAUGGAAAAGAUAUUGAAUUAUUAUUAGUGAAAAAACAAUUGGUUGAAAAAUUUCGUGAAUUAGAAACAGUUGAAUUAGAGCCAUUACCAGAAAACAUUAAUAUGCGCGUGAGAUUUCGCCCAGGAAAGUUAGACCUGGGCAAGUUAAUGAUGUGUUCAAGGACCCCAUCUGAUGAUGACGAACAAGAAGGUCUGUUAGACGAUGAGGAGAUAGUUGAAAAUGGAGAAAUCGAACAAGAAGAGGAUGUGAACGAGAAUGAAAUGCUUGCAGAAGCAGAAAAACAUAAAGCAACAGCAAUCGAUGAUACUCCAACACAAUAUAAUGUCCUGACGUCGGCUGAAGGCGGUGUGCAAGUUGAAGAAAACGAAUUAGAAAAACUAAAAUCAUUUUGUGAUAGCUCAACACAAACAGACAAUGUUGUAACCGAAAAAACAGUACUAGAAACAUGUGAACAAGCCAUUCAAACGAUCAACGAUGGAAUCGUAUUUGAUGGUAAUAAAAUAUUGAUUAUCCCUCCGGUAUCAGAUGAAAAUGGACAAGUGGAUGUAAGCGCAAACACUUAUGAACAAAGUAACAAAUUAUCUCGGCGGGUACGUCGGUUGUUGAAGCCAACGUGUAGUGUUGCCGUUCUGCCGAAUACCGACGUUAUUAUAUUGGAUUGUGAACAAAAUUUGGCUUCAAUACUUGAUAAACGUGGAAAAUUUAAAUAUUGUUUUUCACCUGAACCUAAUUUAGAUCGAAAAAGUUUAGCAGUUGCGGGUUUUUCCAGUGUAGCACAAGUUAGUAGUGAACGAUCGAAAGUUGUUCGUAUUCCGACGCCACAAGGUCUUUUAUGUAUAAAACUGAAAGGUGAACGUGUUUCUGAUUUACCAUUGGGCUUUACUGUACAUGCAUUCAACAGUAUAUCUGAAGCUGAUAAUUAA